UUCGGUAAUGGGCGCUGGAAGUUCGUCUGCUCUGUCAAAAUGUGACUUUUUAAGCUGUAUUUUAUUCUUUAAACAAAUUUUAAGAAAAUUUCGAAAUUGCAGAUUAAUGGAGGAACUCUGAAUAAACUUCACAUGAAUAUUUAACCAGCUGUCAUGACCCAAAUGGUUGUGCAAAACAGGAAAUUAUAAGCUGGAAAUCUUAAAGAAGAGCGGUUUUUUUUUUAUCAGUCCUGCCCACUUAUGUUUACUUCGUCGCAAAACCAACUGUUGGAUUUGCGCGUGUAUUUACCGCUUCCGUGAGAAUCUGCUGUAAAUUUUUUGUUUUUGUUGGAUCUCUUCUGUGCAAAAACGCUAUUGGAUACUAUAAUAUUUCAACAGGUGGCUGAAGAAAUGAAAAGAAAUUUAAUGUGAUUCAAACUACACAUCAUCUGGAUUUUAAUUACCCUGCUUCUUUCUAACACAACUAAACGAAAUUGUAUAAGUUCCGUGGGUGCCGUUUGACAACCAGGCAGAUUUUUGGCGUGGUCGAGAUGUAUUGAAAGAUUCUGUGUUCUCACCAUUCAGGAACUGUUUUCUUUCAUUCGAACGCCCCUGGAGGUGCCAAAUCAAUGCAAUCCGUGCUUCCACAUUUGAAGCCCCCAGGGAUGAAAAAUAAAGAAAGAGUAUCUGAAUUUUUUGGUUAUUGUGAUAAAUGGUGAAAAGACGCAGGAAGGAUUGAAUAAUUUUUUGAGAAUAUGAAGACGUUGUGAUGUGUUAGAAAAACUAAAUGAAAUUAAGUUGAAAGCAUGGUUAUGACAAGACUUUUACCUUUGGAUUACUCUUAUGCAAAUAAUUUAGGUUUACAUUUUGCUGAUCGCCAUAGAAGACAUGGAUUUCAUUUUCCUACGUGCAUUCAAGUGGAGAUAAUCAACGUUAUUGGGACAUCCAGUUGGAUCAAGACUUAUUGGAGACCAUCGCCAGCAUUUAUCCCGAGUGGUUUAAGGACUGCAAUAUGAACGUGGAUGGUUCCUCUGAUAACUCCAUGUGUCUGCUCUCCUCUGACGCCAAAGUCAAAUCAGACAACGGAGACACCCUUCAACGACCCAUAGACAAGAACAAAGAAUCUCUCAAAGUUAAACUAAUGCUUCGUCGACCGCUCAACCAACUUGUUGACCAAGGAAUUUUACCAUCUUUAAAGUCUCCUCCAGCAUUCCAUGAACAAAGACAAAAGUUGGAGAGGGCGAAAAUGGGUGACCUUUUAAAACACAAGCUUCAAAAGCGACCUGAAAGACAAGAGCUGAUUCAGCAACAUAUCCUAGAAGAUUCUGGUGUUGAUUCAAAUCUCCAAGACAAGCAACAGAAACAACUUAAGAACGGCAUUUUAGCCGAAACUCUUGGUGGUGUGAUAUCACAAAGGCUGGGACCUAUAGAUUUAGUAAAAGGAAACAUCCUGCAUGCAGAUGAACUGUUGGCUCAAGCCGUGCGAGAAACGUUACCGUUCAAGAGCUCCUGCAACACUCCUUCGCCCAAACUGAAGACUACUUUGGACGAAGACAGCGGUAGUGAUGGAGCUUUCUCACCAUCACCCCCAUAUUAUUUCAGCGAACAUUCCCAAAGCAGCUUGCCUUCGCUGGAAGCGAGCGAGGCCUCGCCGAACCCCAACCAGGGAUCCCCGUGCUCCGGUGUCACUUCUUUUUCCAUGUCACCCCCGAGUUCGGUGUCCUCUCCCCUGUCCGUCUUUCCGUCCGUCGUCUCGCCCCAGUCCACCAGCGACCAGCAGCGAGCCGAGUUCUUUGUCCAACAGUUGCAGCAACAGCAGCAACACAACCUCAAAGAGACCAGCUCAGUGCCCAGCAAAAACCGGAAGAAGACGAAGCCAAAGACUCAGCCCAAAGCCAGAACAAUCAAAUUCCAUGAAUACAGGGGUCCAGCUGAUGCUCAGAAAAAUGCCUCGAACUCGACUCCGACGACACUUUCAGAAUCACAUUCAGAACUCUGGCUUCAUCAACAACAACUCUUUCUUCAAGUGCAACAAGCAGUCGUGCACUCCCAAGUUCACAACAGCCAUGUCAGUGUAGUUCAGAAACCCAUCGGGGACCAAAUAGGACAAACUGUCCAAAAACCGAAUACAACGAACCCUACUCAGCAGUUGUUUGAUGCUCCAAACUCUCCACAAAAGAUUUUGUCUAACUUUGAAGAUCUUAAAGUGAGUGAUUUGAAAGCUGAACUGAAGAAAAAAGGUCUUCCAGUUUCCGGUUCGAAACCACAGCUCAUCAAAAGACUCAGAGCGCAAGUACCUUCCAGUAGCGAAACUCCUGCCAUCACCAGCCCUAUACCAUCCAGCACUCCUGUCCUGCCAGAUGUCACAUCGCCUCAAACCAUCACAGUUGACAGCAUACUCCUGGACAAUUUGCAAACCAUUCCAACCUCUGAGGUAUCAGUCAAUCAGUCAGCUUCUACCAUGGAACUGACUCCAGACACAAUCAAGAGCCUGCUGAGUUCCAUUGAAUCUGACUCUAUGUCCCCAUCUGUCGUGACUUUGGACACAGAACCAGGGGUGAAAUUGGAUAUAGGGGAUCUUGCUGAUUCUUCAUCUACAUCACUGUCCAAUGAACAUAUCGUCCAGCUACAACAAAUGUGGAUUGAAAAGUUGCAGAGGGAUUUAGAAAGAUCUCGAAAACAGCUGCAACAAUGCCAACUACCUGCGGUGACUUCUCCGGCUGUUAUGAACUCUAAGACGUCCAACGCCACACCGAAAGAUGCUUCUCCUUUGUCUAAUAGUUUCAAAACUGAUGAUGCGGCUCAACUAGCCGAAACUAAAUCGGCUCAAAGACAGAUUAUCCACCAAAUCUUGCAGCAAAAAAUUCAACAACAAGAGCUUCAAAAGGCUCAACGUCAGCAAGGAGUGAACAUCAACAAUCCUCCGUCCACUUCAUCCGCCACAAAUACGAACUCAACCCUAACAGCCCUCCUCAAGAGCAGUCCCUUGAAUGCCAGUUCGAUGGACAUUGGCCGAAUAGACUUGGAUCUCGCGUCCAUUACAAAGCCGGUCACCUCUUUUCCCGGGUCCAUCAUGUCCACACAAGUGCAGGAUAGCAAGAACGACGUGCUCGCAGAAGACGAUUUCCCGACUCUGUCUCUACAGGUGGACGCCUCUUCGUCCCAAGACGAUUUUCCCGGUGUCGUGCCAAUCUUCGUUUGCCACAGUUCUGGAGAUGCCCUCUCCCCCAAAGCAACUGUCCUCACAGCUCCCACUGCUCUCAGCAACAGGUCCUCUUCUCUCCCCAGCUUUUCUGCAUUGCGGACAGCGAAACCUUCUCCGACGCGGAGCAAUACAGAUCCGCAAUUCCAGAUAGCAAGACCCCCACCAAAUUAUAACGAAGCUACCAAGCAGCUCAAGAUUAAACAGCACCAUUUGACGCCCGAUGGAAGUGACGGCAAUCCGCGACAAAGUAAGAAACACAAAUCUUCGAUCAAAAGUCAGGCUGUGGAUGAUGUUUUGGAGAUAUUGAUCAGCAAUGGGGAAUUGUCUCCAAGUGCUGCCCAGGAACCUACAACACCUGUGACACCAGUUACCACUCACAGUGAAUCUACUUCCUUGCCACUCUUCUUGCCUACUUCCGGUCAAGAACCCUUCUUCUCCAAACCCCUGACCACACCCUUACCUCCACCUACCACUGCUGCAGAUCUUCAUCUAGCGGCAUCCUUACAGUCUCUCAUCGACUUGACCCCACCCUCAUCUAACUCCUUGGACUUCGACUUUCCCCUGGACAUCGCUGCUAUGGAGUUGGAAGGAUUGGACGGUGGUCAACCCGAAACUUCGUCCCUGGACCAAAGUCUGUCCAUAUCAUUAGGACAGGAGACGAAAUCUUCGCUGGACUUCGUGAUCAAUAAGUCGACGGACCUGACGAAUGAACUGCUGAGAUCGACAGAAUCUACUGAUAAUCAGGAUCGAGUGACUGAUCGAGGUAUAGAUAACGACAUGCUUAUCGAAUGGUUGGGAGGCUACGAAGAAUCCUCAACUCAUUCGACCGCUUCGAACAAUUUUCCAAGUUCUUCGUCCUAUGAGAUGGCACAUGAUCCUUUAUUUUCCAAUGGACAUGACGCGCUAGACUUUUUUUCCGGUGAUGACAUAGAUUUCAAACCUCAGAAUGACCUCAAUUUCUUGCCCUGGAGUGAAAAUACUACAUAAAAUAUGGCUUCUCUUAUCUGGUGUAGACUACUAGUUCCAGGACACUUCAAGGUGAAUCUGGAAUGAAAUCAGCGUCUUACCAUUUAUGAAAAUGGUGCUUUCUCAUUGAUGAAACAGUCUUGUAGUUAGCUUUCUCAAAUUUCUGGUAGCAACUCUGUACCAGUGCCGAAUGAAUCGUAGGAAAGCCUCAACUUCAAGAACUCUGUGCACUAAAAAAGGAGUAAAUAAUUUAUUGACGUGCUUUUCAAGGUGUAUUUUCCCUGAUGCAUUUCGUUGUCGUUCAUAGAUCAUGUUUCCUAGGAUUGUGUGCAGCCGCAUGGACAAAGGACCGAAAAAAUUUUCACUAAUCGAAAAGACUGGACCAGCAAAGAUUCCCUCCUAAAUUUUGCCGCCUGAAGUGUUGUAUUUUUUUAAAAUGUGGUUUGCACGAUUUAGGAGCUUUUUGGACCAAUAGAGCUUUUCUCUCUCUUUUUUUUGUUUCUUUUUUCUUAUUUUUAUCGUGAAACACAUCGGAGGUGCUUGUUCAUUUUAAAACCACCCAUCAUUUUUGAUAGAUACCUGAAAGGAUUUACUUGCUAAACGUACAUGCUCUGUGGUUUCAUAUUGCUCAUACCCGUAACUUGUCCAGUCGUCUCGUGUGAAGCAUACUAAUACUUAGAAAAAUAGCAACAUAUUCAAUGUUUUUAUUCAGGCAUGGAUACAUCACUAUUUCAUCGACUUCAUAUGAAACCAAGACAUUCUGUAUAAGAAUUUAACAGAUGAUAUAAGAUACACAUAUGUAUGCAUUCAAGUUCCCUCUAAUAUCUAUGAAAACAAUCAAGAUAGAUAAACAAAUUUUGUACCGUACCAGUGCCUUAGCGAUUGUCCAGCAUUAGGCAAUGUGAUCAAAUCCAGUCGGUCGCUGCAUCCAUUUACAUAUAGUACAUUAAAUUAUUCUCGAAUUUUUAUAUACAUUAAAUUAUUAAUUGUGAUUAUUUUAAUUGUUACGAUACUUACCUUAUCUCUGCCGUUAUUAUACCUCACAGAUCGCCUGUGAUUAAAAACAAGAACCAUCAUCUUAAAAUACUAUAUUAAAUUAACUGUAAUUAUUAGUCUAAUUUAAAAGCAAUUAAUCCAACAAUAUUCAUUAAAAUAUAUUUGAUCGGGUAUUAUUUUUACAAUAAUUAUUAGUCCAUAAGAAUUUUCCAUAAUGUUCAUUUUUGUGAACUUUUGAGAAGUGUCAUUUUUAUUAUUGUUUCUAAAGGGAAAAAAAAUUGAAACAAUUUUUUGAAUUUAUUUUUAGAAGUAUUUGAAAAAAUAUAUUUUUUAUUUUCUUUAAAUUGUUAUUGGUCCUGUUAUUUAACUAACUUAUUUUAUAACAAUAUUUAAUGCUAAUCAAAAACUUAUGGAUCACAUUUUUCUAUUAUGAUAUAAAUUUACUUUUAAUUCACGUUUUAAAUGGUCAUUAUCACUGUAUAUCUGUUGAUAUUGCAUAUCUUAAUCGUUAAAAGCUUGUGUGUAGAUAACAUUUAUAGCCCAUAUUUAAGUGCCUUACAUUAUAAUAUAAAUUUAUCAUUAAAAAAUUCAAAGUACAUUAUCAUGCAAUAUUUGAAAAUAUUUUGAAAAAUCCUUAACUUACUAGAUUCAUUUUAUUCUUAAACAAUUUAAAAUAUAAAAGCGAAAUUAAUAUUUUUGUAUUUAUUUACACUAAUAACCUUCGUGGGAAAAGUUUUGAUUUAAUUUCAUUUUGUUGUAUUUCUUACACAUUAAAUCAAUUGUUUCUUAUGUACGUGACUUGUCUCCAAGCUUUCACGUGUCGUCAAGACGCUUCAUCAUCCUCACGUUGAAUGUAUGAGAUUUUGAAGUGUUUUUGUGGACUCCUUCUGAAACUGUGCUUUUGGAAUCAUGCCGUGUAGUGAUCAAAACGAAUGGAAUCAUUUUUUGGUGAAUGUCAGAUUUACUUUUUUCGUAAUCAUAAUUAUUUUUGUUGAGCGUUGUGAAUUAGCUCUAUAAGAACAUUUUAGCUGUUAUUGAAGCUAAAUAUUUUGAUACAGAGAUUUUUGAUUCUAUAUUACUUAAGAAGAUGCUCUUGUAUAAAAAAAAAGAAAAUGCCACAUAAAACUAUAUUAUUUUGUAAAAAUGUACAGUAAUUUAAUUUAUGAGAGAUAUGUGAAUCAGCAUAGAGAUAGAAAAGAUAUCUGUUAAUAUUUUAUGAAAUUUAUUGGAUUAUUAUUAUUAUGAAACUUCGUAGUGUCACCGGUGAAUAGUUACACUUGGUACCGACCAAAGACAUUGAUUUGAAGACCUCCAUUUUGAAAGAUUUUUUACAAGUAGUUGUUGAGUAUUUUUAAUGAUUGAUUGAUAUAAUCACCGAAUCUUCUCCGACUGUGCCAUGUAUCUGAAACGUGUAAUUUUACUUUGUACAUAUUGGCUUUUAUUGUUUUUGUUUUUGUUAGACGGCUUUCUGAAUAAAGGUGUCUUUAGAGUG